AAUACCUUUCAAUCAAUCAAUAAUUCAAUUCCGGAAUUCAACAACGUAAUACUGCUGCACCCACCACUGCAGCCGACGAACCGGGCGGCCACAGAGGAAAGAUCCAAACCCACUUCUUCUUCUUCCUUGUACCCAACCCCAAACUCAUUCCCCAAUUCCCCCGUCUCAGCAAGUUGUUCUAGCGGAAUUCCCAAAUCGGGGAGCUCAAGCUCCGUCUACACCCAACAAUGGCGGUCUCUGCUUUCAAAUCCACUUCCAGACGCGGACCCACUCGCCCUUCCCCCACUUCCUCAUCCCUUUCCGAUAAGGAGUCCAAGUCCGCCGGCAAUGCCAAAACCGCGCCUCCCCCGCCGCCUGCUCUCCGCCGUUCUAGAAGCGUCAGCGCCGUCGCAAGAAACCCCCGCGGCGUUGACACUUCCUCCUCCACUUCCACUUCCCCCUACUCUUCCUCUGCUUCUGAUUUCCUGAUAACCAGGGAGAAUCCGCUCUACUGGUCGGACAAGGAAAAACCCAAAGACGCUGCUGCGGAACAAGAUUUCCCAAUUCUGGCUUCUUCUAAGUCACUCAAGGAACCCACUCCCAAGCCAAGGGCUCCUCCUGAAUCUGAUACUCGGAGGGGAAGGUCCAUUUCCAGAACCGCAGACGCUAUGAAGACAUCAGCUCCUGCCAAUGGCAAGCUGAUUCCGAGGCAGAGAAGCCCCUCUAGGGUGGAUAUAGGCCGCCGCAACCGCGCUCGCUCUGUUUCCCGGGCCCCUACUUCCCGGAGCUAUGGCUCUUUGAAUUCUGAGAGCGAUGUUGAAGUGAGAAGAAGCUUGCCGACAGUGCGCAGAAAUGGGAAUGAUGCAAGUGGAGUAGUGAGUGGUGGGAGAAGCAAUGGUUCUGAAAGAAGAAGUGCUGACUGGCAGAUUCAGUCGGAUGGUUCUGCUACAACCGUGCCUCCUUCGCCGUCUUAUAGUUGGGAAGAUGCAGCGUUAGGAGGCUCAAGUUCAGAUGCUGAAGAGAGAACUAUCAAGGCUGUAUGUGAACAAAUGAAGGCCUUCCAAGUGGAUAAUUUGGAAGGUGAUGCCUCUGGUCGUAUAUAUGAAACUGUUCGAUCUGAAGUCAGACGUGCUAUUGCUGACAUCCAAGGUGACCUUGCAACUGCCAUUGGAAGGAAUGCUGUUGCUACUGCCGGAGUUGCUGAUGUGACUGAUAUUCCUCCUGACUUGGUCAAUCCCAGUGCUGUUGAAUUAGUUCUGGACAUUAGAAGAGAGUACACCACAAAACUAGAACAGUCCCAUGAAAGGGCUAUGAAACUUCGGGCAGAUCUAGCUGUUGAGGAGCACCGUGGUUCAGAGCUGAGCAGAAUUUUGAAGGAAGUACUCCCAGACCCUAAAUCUUCUAAUGAACGCAAGCCUCGAGUAGGAAGAAAAUCUAGUAUUGAGAGAAGGAAGAUGUCAAAACGGUUAACUGAAGAAGCUAUGGCCUACUUCGACGAAUGUGUCUCACUCUCGACUUUCGACAGCUCUGACUUUUCUUCUCAAGAUGACCCGCCAAUGAGAUUCGUUGGCACUCAUGUUGCUGAUCGUUCUCCUUUUUCCCCAGCAACCCCUAGCAUGACAGCAGACAGCGAACUUCUUAAAAGUGAAUCCAAUAACAUUAAGGAACCAGCAAGUAUGCGGAGAGCAUCAGGGCUAUCAGCCACCAGCAGCGACGAGCUUGCUGCAGCCGGUGAAGCUAGCAUAAGCAGCUCCCAGACAGAAUCAGCUCGGAGUUUUCAGUUUUCCUUCUCACGCAAGUCGGAUAACAAGUUAGAUAUUCAGCAAGACAUUGGAAAAUACACCAAACACUUUGGGAAGGACAUAGAAAGAGCCGCCGACUCCCAGAGCUCAGUUUCAAACUCCUAUGGGUAUGAUAUCGAGGAAUACAACCAACAGUCCUCGCAGCAAAGCAUGCUAUUCGACAGCGUUUUCUUCAGAAGCAGAAUCGAGUCCGGUAGCAUGCUGUUGUGCGGCGGUGGUCUUGGGGUCUUGUUCUGACCAAUGCCUUCUGCGCGAUUGUUAUACCUCCGGUUGGCUUUCACGAGGCUGCAGAAUCUGUGGAGGAAUCACCAUGUCUGUUAUCUCUCCCUGGUUCUUAGUAUAUUUGUAAGACACACAUGAUUGAAAUUGAUUGAGCUGCGAGUAAAGAAAGAUACAGAAGGCUUUGCUGCAGCAGGAUGUAGCAGUAUUGUAGAUGCUGUUGCUAAAGAGCAUCCCUCAACUAAGUGUGAAGAUGGAGUUGCUGAAAUUGGUGGCUUGUUUGGAAGCGUUGGCAGGAGUUUUGCUUAUCAGGUUGUACAAAAUUUUGUUUGUUUUCAAAAGAAAAAGAGCGGUUUAAUCAUUUGCAGAGAGCAGUGAGUAUAUCUUGUUGUGUAAGACUGGAAGAUUAUGGCAUUCUCCAUAGAUGUUGGCUGGUAGGGUUGAUCCUCUGUUUGUAGAGAUCGGAAUUCCGGCUCUAAAAUCUAAAAAUUUGGAACGGAAUCCUCUUCUUGGAAUUGACGCCUCUAUGUAUUCUGUAUUUAAUCGGCUCGAGUAAUGCAGCUGGGCUUUGGGCCCAUUUAAAUGACGGGCUGGCCCAUACUUAAUCAAGGCAGGCCCAACUCUCCAGCAAUACAAAGGGAC